AAAUCUGUGAUGGCAACUCUACAGUUUAACCUGUCCCUACUAAAGCUAAGUGGAUUAAAUUGGUUAAUUGCUUUUAUUUGACUGCCAUGUCACACAUUAACAGCAACAGGAAGUACAGCAAAUGUCAGACUGGGAUUUAGAGAAGGGAUUGUCCUGUUAAACUCCCAAACAGACUUUCACUAAGUGUAAAUGUUUGGCCCCUGAGGGCCUCCAUGCUGAAACGGACUUCAGUGGUGUGAUUUAUUCGCACGCAGAUCGGAUAUCGGUGUGUGUCUUCAGCACCUCUCUCAGUCCCGCUCGUUAGACCCACAAACAACUGCUGCCCUCCGGUCGGCCCGUUACGAUCGGGGGCACAUCACACGCUGCCAGGGCGGGGGUUGGAAUCCGAUAGCGUUCCAUAUCGCAUGAUGUCACUGAGGCCUUGUCACAUACUGAGUCUUAAGCCCUCUGAGAGAGUUGAGGUGAGCUGGGGCCCGAGAGGAAAAGUUAUAGCUAAAAACAAGAAGAGAAACUAGAAUCACACCUGAUAAGUGAACGAAUGAAGGUCGAAGCAAUCACUGACAUAAAACAGCACAUGUUGCUUUCACCUUGCACACUAAUCGACAGAAAGGUUGACUAGUUUAGGUGAUUAGAAAUCAGUAAUUUACCAACAUGAACAGUCUCGAGCCCUACUUGAACAGGACUGGAUCUUCAUGAGGUGGUUAGGUAAAGUUUUCCAUGCAUGCUCCAUGAUUUGGUUCCAAAUUUGAAAACAAAAUCCGUUAAAAAUUACUUAUUUUAUUUAAUUUAAUUUUUUAUUUUAUUUUAUUUUAUUAUUUUCCCUCUGCCGAAUAUAAAUCUUAAUCCUGCUGCACCUUAAUUAUGUAUUUAUGGUGCAUUCAAAUCCUCCUGGGAAGUUUGGAAAGUUGUAAUUAUGACGUCAGGUGCGUUCAAAUCACUUUGAUUGGAAAAAGAUGCCGAUGCACAUUAUAUAUGGGUCAAUGACGUGACGGGUCUUUUUUUUUUGUCCAAAGGCCUUAAUUACAAUAAAAAAUCAAAGAUAUGACAUCCAAAGUAUGUAAGGUAGUACAGCUAGAUCUCUUUUAUUGAAUCCAAAAGGUUUUAAUUAUAUUUUGCUACAUAUAAAUGUAUUUUAAAGAUUUUGUCAAAAGGUCAUUCGGUUUAACCGUCCAAAGGCCAAUACAGCCAUUUCAUUUGUGAUUAAAAUAUCUUAAAAUGUAAUAAAUGUAUAUAUUUUUAUUUUGGCAUGAUUUUAUAACAUCAUAUAUCAACAUAGUGCAAAAUUGUAUUAAAAUUAUGUGUAGAAGUCGUUACUUUGUUAUGAGAAAGAAUAUCCGGAAAAAUUAAUUUCAUUGAUAUCAUUCGGAGUAACCAAAUAUAAAGGGACCAUUUUGGAUCAAGUCAUGCGGUCAAUAUCAUGUAACAUCAUUCAGACACCAGCAAAGGAUCACAUGGUCAUGAAGCAAAGUAACUAACUCUCUCUUAACUAUUUGAAAAAUUCAUGUUUUCACUUGAUCAUACACAUAUCCCGAAACAUCAGGUCAUUCGGUACAACCGCUAUAAAACAUGGAAAAUGUUGUAAUAUUUUAAAAACUCGUACUAAAUAUAAAAUGUUUAAUUGUCCUUUUGCUAGCUAGCUAGAUAUCAGCCUGUUAGCAUUGUUUGAAAAUAUUGUCAUUCGGUAUAACCAAAAGUGUGAAACUGAAAUUUUGGUUAAACCGAUUGACUUUUUUGGUGACAAAUUUUGUCCAUCUUGUAAAAAAUUACAAAAGCAGUGUUAAUUGAUUAUAAAAACCACAUAAUCUCAUUGUUAACACUUAAUAAAACUUCGAAAUUAAUUAUAUCUCCAUUAUGUUUUUUGUUUUUUUUUACACUUUUAAAAAACCUUAUUCGUCAGUGACUUGACUUGAAUACAUGCAAAUAAUUACCAGCUAACACGCACCAGUUACGUAAUUUUUGGUACUUUUUGGUAAUUUCAUUACUUACCAAUAGACAACAUAACUACGACGUUGCAUGCUCGUUAUUUCUUUUGCGCUUAUUUAUAUUUAUAAGGAAGUGAUUUACAGCGCGCGCCGACGCAUUUGCGCAUGCGCGCCACGAGCACAGUAUGUAACGGCUGACAGGACAGGAAACUUCGUUUUUCUGAGAGGUCUCCAGUCACAUUCAGGUGUUGGCACGACGGAAGGCUCGGGAAAUUCAGGUGAAACUCAAGGACCAGGCAGCCAAAGACAAAGCCAUGCAGAGUAUGUCCAGCAUGUCGUCGGCCCAGAUCAUCUCCGCCACGGCCUUUCAGAACAAGAUGGCUCUGCAGGGGCUGUCGCGGCCGGCCUACCCCACAGCUGCUGGGUUUUGGCACGGAGCUCUCGCAGGACAAACCGCAGGUCCCGAAGACAUCAAGCCGUUUUCCCAACAAAACUUUGUCAUGCAAGCCACCGGUCCUCCGUCUAUAACUGGUUAUGAAAGUGCGACGGGUCUGUCGAUGUCCUCCAACGCACCGCCCUGGCAGGGUCGCAGUAUCGCCAGCUCCAAACUGCGCAUGCUGGAGUUUUCCGCUUUCCUAGAGCAACCUCAGGAUCCAGAGACUGUCAACAAACACCUGUUUGUACACAUCGGUCAGUCCAACCCCACGUAUAGCGAUCCGUACCUAGAGGCCGUGGAUAUACGGCAAAUUUAUGACAAAUUCCCAGAGAAGAAAGGAGGGCUGAAGGAGCUGUUUGAGAAGGGACCGGCUAACGCUUUCUUCCUCGUAAAGUUCUGGGCAGAUCUGAGCAUCAACCUACAGGACGACAGCAGCUUCUUCUACGGCGUAUCGAGUCAGUACGAGAGCUCCGAAAAUAUGAUCAUCACCUCCUCCACUAAAGUCUGCUCGUUUGGGAAACAGGUGGUGGAAAAGGUGGAGACGGAGUACGCACGCUUCGAGAGCGGCAGAUACGUGUUCAGGAUCCAUCGAUCACCGCUGUGUGAAUACAUGAUCAACUUCAUCCAUAAACUCAAACAUCUACCAGAGAAAUACAUGAUGAACAGCGUACUUGAAAACUUCACCAUUCUGCAGGUGGUUACCAACAGAGACACUCUAGAAACCUUGCUAUGCAUCGCUUACGUGUUUGAGGUGUCCACCAGCGAGCACGGAGCCCAGCAUCACAUCUACAGACUGCUGAAAGACUGAGACUGAGCGUGAGACUGACAGACACGACAGUGCCACAGCGCCCCCUACCGGCCACAGCCCAAACCUCCUGCGCUUCUGCAAGAGUCGCCGUGGACACAGAGGGCAAAUGACUCUCUAACACUACUGUUCAGAGGCACAAGCAGAGGAUCUGCCGGAAUCAGAAAUCUGAAUGUCAUGACAUUGAAUUUUUUUUUUUUUUUUUUUGUAUAAUGGGAACUGUAAUAGCAGGACGAAAUGCAUGAGAAAGUUUUUUGGUUUUCUUCAUCUCAUCUCAUUUUAGCCCCAAAGUGUUUGUGUUAGUGUUUGUUAAAAUGGAAUACAGCUGGGAAUGAUGGUCAUCUACCGGACUAAAGCUUUUUCACAAACCAAAAGUGGACUUUCCUUCAUAUAUCAGGGCAAACGUGAACGCCAAACGACAGACUCAAGUAUUGAAUGUUGAUGUGUUUUUUUGUAGAUUUGGUGCAUUGUAUUUAUCAGCCAUAUUCUUGGAUGUGGAAAACUUCGACUUAAAGCGAUAGUUCACCCAAAAAUGAAAAUUAUUCCAUGAUUUAUUCAUUCUCAAGCCAUCCUAGAUGUAUAUGACUAUCUUCUUUCAGACAAACACAGUCGGAGAUAUAUUUAAAAAUGCUUAGUCCUCCAAGGUUUAUAAUGGUUGUGAAUGGCUGCCCACAUUUUGAAGACAAAAAAAUGCAUCCAUCCAUAAAAAAAUUAAUCCAUACGACUCCAGGGGGUUAAUAAAGACCUUUUGAAGCGAAUCGAUCUGUUUGUGUAAGACAAAUAUUCUUAUUUAUAACUUCAUACAGUAAAAUAACGAGCUUCCAACGUGACAGCCAUAGGCAUUCGUCCAAAAAGCGUUAACUUCCACGACGUAGUAAACAAUCUCUGAUUGUGUUUGUCUGAAAGAAGAUGGCUUGAGGGUGAGUAAAUCAUGGGAUAAUUUUCAUUUUUGGUUGAACUAUCCCUUUAAAACAGUCUAACUAACUGAAUGAAAUUCAUAGUGAUCUGAGGAAGCACUCGUGGCGAGAGAUUCAUGGCUUUUCUCCACAAGGGCUUGUAAAAACAUACAUGUAACUGCUUAUUUUACCUGAUUCUAUUUCAGUACGGUUACCUUAAACACAAACGUGUCAGAUAAGAGUUUGAUAUUUGGAAUAAAGAGCGUGUGUUAUCCCUUGAAA